CAUUCCUGCCUCGCUGGGCCUGCCCCGAGCCCGUCUGGCUCUGCGCGCAGCCCGCCGCCGCUCCGCAGCUCAGCUCCGCUCUGGCCCUCUCUCCGCCCGGUAUGAAGGCGGCCCAAGCCGCGGGCGAGGAGGCGCCGGGCAGUGCACGGUCCGUCAAGGUGGUCCUGGUGGGCGACGGCGGCUGCGGGAAGACGUCGCUGCUGAUGGUCUUCGCCGACGGGGCCUUCCCCGAGACCUACAGUCCCACAGUGUUUGAGCGGCAUGGGGUCAAUCUGCAAAUGAAGGGCAAAUCUGUGCACCUCCAAAUCUGGGACACAGCAGGGCAAGAUGACUAUGAUCGCCUUCGACCUCUGUUCUACCCUGAUGCCAGCGUCCUGCUCCUCUGCUUCGAUGUCACCAGCCCAAACAGCUUUGAAAACAUCUUCAACCGGUGGUACCCGGAGGUGACACACUUCUGCAAGGGAGUGCCGAUCAUUGUCGUGGGCUGCAAGACCGACCUGCGAAAGGACAAGACGCUAGUGAACAAGCUGCGGAAAAACGGGUUGGAGCCUGUGACCUACCACAGGGGCCAGGAGAUGGCGAGGUCUGUUGGUGCAGUGGCCUACCUCGAGUGUUCAGCUCGGCUCCAUGACAACGUCCAUGCCGUCUUCCAGGAGGCAGUCGAGGUGGCUUUCAGCAGCCGCAGUCGCAACUUCUGGCGGAGGAUUACCCAGAGCUUUUGCGUGCUGACCUGACUGCCCCAGCAGCUCCGAAAGGAGCUGGGCACUGACCUUCUGCCGAGGUAGCUGGGCUACCCCCAGUUCCUAGGCUGGACCCACGGAACGGACACCACCAAGGCUGGGCGCGGGGCCUGGGAGCCCUGGAUUGAGGAAGGGGGCUCCCCAGCCCUGGGACCAUCAACCGACACCCGUAGCCCAGUCCUGGACCCUCUUCCUGGAGUAGCUGUGCGGCCUGACCUGGCGCCACCUCGUGGCUGUUCGCAGGGCUGCACCUAAAAGUCCUGCUUCCUAGGACCAUCCUCCGGGCAGAACCCACACCCCGCCUCUCCCUCAUUUGCCCUACUGCCCCACGGGUAAGUGAAAGAACAAAAGUGA